AUGGCUGCAAACAUAACUCAGGGAGCAGUGAGGGAGAUUUAUUGGAACAACACUGGCUCUGCUGAUACCGGCAAGAGCUAUGUUGUACAGGUUAUUGAUAUCAAGAAGAUUGGAACAAACAACGGAACAAGUGGAGAGCGCUAUCGCUUGGUUAUAUCAGAUACGUCGUUUUUCUGUCAGGCAAUGCUUGCUACACAACUCAAUGGGAUUGUAAAUGCAAAGGAGUUGGACAAAUUCUGCAUCGUUGAAAUAAAAGAUUGUAUUUGUAAUGUGGUGCAGAGUAGGAGAAUCGUCAUAAUUCUGAGUAUCGAAGUGAAGGGUCCUCCAAUGGCGCAGAUGAUUGGCAAACCAGUCAGCAUUGAUUCUGCUGGUGACCCAUCUGGUCAACAAAGCAAGGCUCCUCAAAAUGCGAUGCCAAGUUCAGCAGCUCCUUCAUACUCGACGGCUCCAACUUCAGUGGGAUCAAAGAAUCAAUCUGCUGUCAAUCCGCCUCCUGAGAAUAAUUAUGACCGGCAAAGACAAUUUACUCAAGCAAACGUGAAGAGUGAACGAUCUCAGGGAGACUUCGUCAAUGCAAUGGGUUCAAAUUCAUUUCAGAAUCAGAACGACAUGCCGAACAGAAUGGAAAGAGCGAGCAACGAGUCGGCAAAUCCCUACGCGGUGAAAACAGGAAAUUCCUUUGUAAAUAGCAGCACUGGCUUUCCCAACAAUAAUCAAGUAGUGUUCAAUUCGAAUCCAGUUCAAGAGCAUGAGCGUAAUAGCUUCAAAUCGCAACCCAUGGGCUAUAGCGGUCCUUAUGCUGGACAAGGUCCAAUAAGCUAUGGAAUGGGCACUUCCAUGAAUCAAUUUGCUGGGGAUGGUAUGAAGCAAUCAGGCUCCUCUGACCAUGCGUUUAGAAAUACUAUGACCAAAGGUGAAGGUCGCCUUUUCAACAUAGAUAUCAUGGAUCAUACGGGAGACAUUCGAGGCACCUUCUUCAACGACGAUGCAGACAAGUGGUUUCCGCACCUACAAGCAAACAAGGUGUACAAAAUUCGAGGAGGAACAAUCAAACAAGCAAAUCGGAAGUUCAACACAACUUCAAGCGAAUACGAAAUUACAUUUAAUCGGGACAGUACCUUUGAUAUCGUAGCAGAUAGUGAAGCACCAAAGGUUUCAUACAAUUUCAGGAAAAUCGAGGAAAUAGAAAAUACUGAACCACAAUCAAUCGUCGAUGUAUUGGCCGUGGUUCACGAUGUUCAACCUUUGGGUUCUGUGACUGUGAAAUCUGGCUCAAAUGCUGGCAAUCAAAUCGCAAAACGUGAUGUGUCGUUGUUGGAUACUGGAGGGAAAACCAUCAAAUUGACAUUAUGGGACGAUCAUAAGGAUGUUGUUACAGAAAAUGACAUGUCAAACCCUGUUAUUGCCAUCAAGGGUGUGCGCGUCUCUGACUUCAAUGGGCGAAGUUUGAGCACAACGCGUAGCUCCAUGAUCGAGAUGAACCCUGACUUGCAAGAAGCACAUUUGCUGAAGGGAUGGUAUGACUGUCAUGGAAAAUCUGCUGUCUUUCAGGCUGUGGGUGGAUCCAUGAGUUCAGGAUCUAAAGACAGUCGCAAGACAAUAUCACAGAUCAAGGGGGAAAACUUGGGCAAUGCUGAAAAACCAGAUUAUUUUACGCUAAGAGCCUGGGUGACUUACUUCAAGCAUGAUGGAACUUGGAAUUAUCCUGCUAAUCCAGAAACGAAGAAAAAGGUCAUCGCCCAUGGGGACUCGUGGUUCGAUGAGAGCACACAGCAGACGAUUGAAAGAUGCGAACGCCGUUACGUCAUGAAUUUAUCCUGCAGUGAUUUUACUGGGUCACAUUGGUUCUCAGCUUUCAAUGAUCAAGGCAUAGCUCUCCUGGGUAAGACAGCCGACGAAUUGCAGGAGCUUAAGGACAGCAUGAAUCCUGACUACGAGGCAACUUGGCAAGCAUCUGUCUUCAAGCCAUACGUCCUCAAGGUUCGAGCAAAAGCAGAGACAUGGCAGGAUGAGACGCGAGUCAAAUGCACUAUCAUGGAAGUCAAGCCUGUUGAUUGGCGGGAAGGCGCGACGGAAAUUCGCAAUCUCAUCAGAGACUUUGGUUUGUGACGCUCUUAAGGAAGCCGGGUGUCCUCGUAGGCGACUUAGAAUCGCUUGAGAUGACGUCAGCGCCAUCUGUGUGACUCAGUACAUGAUAUGUUAGCUCG